UUGGAUUUGCGUGGUGCACGGAUUAUAGGUGGUCAAUGCACAAAAUGAAGUCCAGGACACGUCCGCAGCGGGGCCCACCGCCAUGGCCAUGGCCGCUCUCGCGCGCCGCUCGCGCCUCCUGCUCCUCCCCCUCCUCUGUCGCGCCCUCCGCCCGAACCCUAAACCCCUCUCCUCCACCGCCGCUCCGACCACCGACCCACGAGAGGGCGACCUCCUCCCGUGGCGGCUCCUGCGGCUGCGCUCGCCGCGCGGGUCCGCCGUGGCCGCCGCCAUCGAGAGAUGGGCCCAGGAGCGCGGCCACGUCUCGCGGCCGGACCUCCGCCGCGCCGUCUCCCAGCUCCGGCGCGCGCGCCGCUACGACCACGCCCUCGAGAUUUUAUCAUGGAUGGAUUCACGAAAAGAUCUUAACCUAUCACCAUUGGAUCAUGCAGCAAGACUAGACUUGAUUGCGAAAGUGCAUGGUACCUGUCAUGCUGAAGAAUACUACAAGAAACUACGGAACGCUGCUUGUAGGGAAGCUGCAUCAUUCCCUCUCCUCCAUUGCUAUGUUGCUGAAAGAAAUGUUCAGAAAGCUGAGAGCUUUAUGGCUAGUCUGCAGAGCAUUGGGCUGCCUGUCGAUCCUCACUCGUUCAAUGAAAUGUUGAAGCUCUAUGUUGCAACAUGUCAGUUUGAGAAGGCACUUGCUGUAAUUGAUCUCAUGAAACGGAGCAACAUUCCCAGAAAUGUCCUCUCAUAUAACCUUUGGAUGAACGCAUGUUCUGUCUUGGGUGUUGCGUCAGUACAAUCAGUAUUCAAGGAGAUGGUUAAUGAUGGUACGGUUGAGGUUGGUUGGAGCACAUUCUGCACAUUGGCCAACAUCUUCAUUAAACAUGGACUAAAUAGUAAAGCCCUGGCCUGCCUUAGGACAGCCGAAACAAAAUUAUCACCAAGACAACGGUUAGGAUACUCUUUUGUAAUGACAUGUUAUGCGAGGCUGGAUGACAGCGACGGGGUUAUGAGACUGUGGGAGGCUAGUAAAAGUGUCCCUGGUAGAAUCCCUUCUGCAAACUACAUGAGCACUAUCAUAUGUUCGAUAAAGGUUGGCGACAUUGCCCAGGCUGAGUGGAUAUUUGGAAGCUGGGAAGCAGAGUGCGGGAGGAAAAAUGAUGUGCGGGUUUCGAAUGUUCUUCUAGGUGCUUAUGUGAGGAAUGGGUGGAUCGAAAAGGCUGAGAGGCUCCAUCUCCACAUGCUAGAGAAAGGUGCACACCCAAACUACAAAACAUGGGAGAUAUUGCUGGAGGGAUUUGUUCAGAGUAGGCAGAUGGACAAAGCUGUCAAUGCCAUUAAGAAAGCUUUAUCUUUGUCGAAGAGCUGCCAUUGGCGACCUCCACUUGAACUGGUGGAGGCCAUCGCAACAUUCUUUGAAGAGCAUGGCAAUGUGGACGAUGCAAAUAGAUACAUUAAGGUUCUUCAAAAGUUUAACCUGACAAGCUUGCCCCUGUACAAGUCUGUGCUUCGAGCAUACAUUAAAGCUGAUGCUGUGCCACCAAAUAUUUCGGAGAUGAUAGCCAGAGAUCAGAUAAUUAUGGACGAGGAAAUGGACCGCUUGAUCAUACGUGCCAACAAGCUAGAUAUCACAGGCAGCGGAUAAUCAUGAACGCAACAGCUUUUAGCCAAUCACAUGAUAAACAACAUUUUUCAGCUGACUAUCGUUGCCAGUUGCAGCUGCAAAAUGCAAAGUGGCACAAAUUUCCCUUUGUGGAAGAGUCUGAGAAGCUUGGGGGGCUUCAUAUUUUUGGCAAAGCUGAAUGCUGGUGAUGCACUGAUGUUGAUGUAUUCACUCCCUUUUAGAUUCACUGUUUUCAAUUAGUAUAGUUAUUUGUUGUCUUCAGUGCCUCCUCUGUAAUUCAAUGAAAUUCAUGGUUAAUAGCAGCUCAGAUACCCACGAUUGACAGUGCUAAGAACUGACUUGCUUGAAAA